AUGGACCAAGUUGUUGAUCAAGUUGCUGAGGAGAUCCUCGUCGAGCAAACAGUACCACCGUUAUUGCAAUUUAUUGAUAGCAUUCCGUGGAUUAAAUACCAUGUUCCAUCUGUCGACCAUCCAUUUGGGCUAGAAUUGUGGCCAAUCUUUUCGUGUGUUUUCGAAAAGAUAACUGGCUAUCCAGCCGAGAACUUUGAUUUCAUUCGUGGUGACACUUUCAUGGCAAACGGAUACCAUGCAGUCGGUGUCAUCAUUGUUUACUAUAUCGUGAUCUCAAGUGGACAAGCAAUUUUGCGCGCGUUCAAUGCCGGACCGUUGAAAUUGAAUUUUCUCUUCCAAUUGCACAAUUUGAUCCUGACAAGUGUUUCCCUAGCAUUGCUGUUGCUGCUAGUGGAGCAGCUGAUUCCAAUGGUGUAUAGAAACGGGAUCUUUUGGGCAAUCUGCUCGAAGGAAGCAUUUGCCCCAAAGCUGGUCACCUUGUACUAUCUGAACUACUUGACCAAAUUUCUGGAACUGUUCGACACCGUCUUCCUGAUCCUCAAAAGAAAGAAGCUGCUGUUUCUACACACUUACCACCACGGCGCAACCGCAUUGCUGUGCUACACCCAGCUGACCGGCAGAACCUCCGUCGAAUGGGUACCAAUUUCCCUGAACUUGGCCGUCCACGUGAUCAUGUACUGGUACUAUUUCCUCAGCUCCCGCGGCAUCAGAGUCUGGUGGAAGGAAUGGGUCACAAGGUUCCAAAUCCUGCAGUUCUUGAUCGACUUGGUGUUUGUCUACUUUGCUACCUACACCUUCUACGCCCACAAGUACUUCGACAAGAUUUUGCCCAACAAGGGAACCUGCUACGGUACCCAAGACGCCGCAGCAUACGGCUACUUGAUUCUGACCUCCUACCUGUUCCUGUUCAUCUCCUUCUACAUCCAGUCGUACAGAAAGAGCUCCAAGAGGGCAGAAACUGUUGCUAACGAAAAGAGAGAAAAUGCUGCUGCAACCGGUCGAUCAUCGGGUGUUAAGACUUCCUCGACAAAGGCAACAUCCCGGAAAGCUUAA